GUGCUUCUGCGAAUAUCCGUUGAUACUUGACGUCGCUGGUUCGACCGGAUGUCUCCAGAGUUUGGAGAUUGAUCUGGCAGUUCUUGUGUAUUAGGUCAUUCGUCCUGUGACCGAGCUUGCUCUCCAGGGUGAUAAAUGUGAAUGUCGAUUUUAGGAGUAUCUUCAAUAUUCGUACCUCCUCCACGAUUGCCGCCGCAGAGCUUCUAGCUGAUGUUUAUGGUUUCGUACUCCCUCUGGGCUCGCUCCUCAGCAUUCCCUCAGGCGCCUGGGUUGUUGGGCGGGCAACAUCUUAUCAAUACGACUCAUCAUCGUCUCACCAGGGCCCUUCAUUGGAUUAAUCGACUGUCUCUCGCGGGAACUCGCUGGAAGGAUAAAUAUCUGGCUGUCUGUUGUUUAUGCGCAGACAUUCAUCGCACUGAAUCACUGAUAGGCUAUGUCAAAUGUGUCUUCGGACUUGCGACCGUGGGUACAACUUUCGGCUCCUCAUGCGUGUCCGGUGUUUUUGGUCUAAUCUAUGUACAUCUAAAGCGUCUCACCGUGUUCAUUUCCGGAACAACCCCUCCCUGUCAACAUCGCUUAUUCUUUUCCUCGGAGUCGGGUUCACGUUAUUCAUCUUCCGCAUGACGUCGAGGAAAGCCCGGUCAGUACAUGUUGAUUCAUUAACAUAGAACAAUCAAAACGAAAACAGAAAAGACAAUCCUUCCUCUCUGGGAUGAAUGUUUUGGAAGAGAUUGAGAUAUGUUGGCGUGCGGCUCAUGAGAUAUUACGAGGUACGAGUAGAAAGGGACACAUGAUGAUGUAAGAAUGCAAUCAUCAAU